CCAUUUAUAACGGCAUCGGCGGUAUCAUUGUGCCAUAUACGCCGCCACCGCCGCCGCCACCGCCGCUGCUGCUUUCCCCACCGCCGCCGCUAUGUCAACGCUCGUCUACUCGCUGCUCACGCUCGCCGCGCUACUCGCCGCCUCUGACGCUCAAAAGAGCUGCAAGACCGUGCUAUUUGGUAACAGAGGCACAUACGACAAAAAAAUGCAGCCAGUCAAACUGCCGCCUGUAGGAGUUAAAAUUAAUGAAACUCACGAUGAGUGUAUAAAGCAGAAAAAAGGAUUAACGGUGGGCGCUCUGGUGAGAGCGUGUAAUGCUCAGCUAAAUGGCGCUGCGCCAGACAUCCGACGAGAAGACAGAUCCUAUGUCGUGACGUGCCCCUUUGGAUGCCCAUUAGGCGGCACUGUAUUUGUUAUGUAUUAUUGCGAACUAGACAUUUAAAUAUAAUUACUUUGAUAUUAUAGUUUU